CGGUCUCUAUUUUCUCUAUUUUCUCGGGAGUUAUAUGCAAAAUCCAAGACGGUAUAGAAGCCCAAUAAAACCCGCAGGUUUUGUGCGUGCACAACUUAUAAUCAAAAUUGGCUUACAGGAAAAGGCAUUGCCAAUAGCAAACGUCGAUGCUAUCAAAUCAGUAUUCAGGGAAACAAACGAGAACCAUGCUAUUGUGAAAACCAUCAGACCAGCACCUAUGGCCGACAAGUACGUAAUGCUAGCGAUGAGGGGGGGAAACAGCGUCAGGCUUUAAGAUGUUAGCUCUGAACCUAUACUCUAUAACAGGUCAAAUAGUUAUAAGCACAUACCCAUCUACAUAUCUGUAGUUAGCCUUAUAUCUGUUCACCCAGAAUAACUUCGCCAUAUGACCCACAAGAGAAGGUAAAUUCCGGCCGACGAAAUGACGGCCAAGGCAGAUCCUACCUAAAAUAAAAUAAGAACGAUGUUUG